AUGUCAAGCGGAAGGAAAGUUCGUGGUCGCCAAAAGAUUGAGAUGAAAAAAAUGAAUAACGAGAGAAACCUCCAAGUGACUUUCUCAAAGUGUCGUAGCGGGCUCUUCAAGAAAGUCAGUGAGUUUUGCACCCUUUGUGGUGUAGAUGUUGCUCUAGUUGUAUUCUCACCUAGUCAAAAGGUAUUUUCUUUCGGUCAUCCAAAUGUUGAUACAAUCAUAGAUCGCUAUCUCUUUCGGGUCCCACCGCAAAACAAUAGCACCAUAGAGUUCAUUGAGCCUCAUCGUAGCGCCAAAGUGUGUGCGCUCAAUGCUGAGUUGAUUCAAAUCAACAACACACUGAACGAGAAGAAAAAGCUUGGUGAUGAGUUGAGUCUUUUGUGCAAGGCGUUCAAUGCUUAA